AUUGUUUAACAUCACCUUACCAAUUGACUGUUUAGUGGCGCCUUGACACCGCGGUCGACUCCCGGGACGUCUGAUCGCCAGUUUCUAGUUCACCAGCGGGAAACUCCUCACCACCGAAUCUCCGUAGUAGAGCCGCCACGAAACUUCAUCGUCGAGUUCGAGCACGAUGCUACCAGUUCGAAACUCUCUGAUUACUGCCUUCGCGACCGUCCUGGUCGCCGGUUUCUUCGGCUCAGAUGCGACGACCCUCAAGGAAGGCGAUCCGACCCCGUUUGACGUUUACUGGAACGUGCCCACUUUCAUGUGUCACAAGUAUGGCAUGAAAUUCGAGGAGCUGAAGGAUUUCGGCAUUCGUCAGAACGCCAUGGACGAGUUCCGUGGCGAAAAGAUCGCGAUUCUUUACGACCCGGGGAUGUUCCCGGCAUUGUUGACCGAUAAGAACGGACAUGAGACGAGCAGGAACGGCGGUGUGCCGCAAGAAGGCGAUCUGAAAAAACACCUCCAGGUGUUCGAGGAGCAUUUAGUCUCGCAGAUCCCCAACGAGUCGUUUAGCGGCGUCGGCGUGAUAGAUUUCGAGAGCUGGCGGCCCAUCUUCCGGCAAAAUUGGGCCUCUCUCGAGCCCUAUAAGACCCGGUCGUUCGAGGUGGAACGUAAGAGGCAUCCCUUCUGGAGCGACGCGGCCAUCAAGAAGGAAGCAAAGCGUCGUUUCGAGAAGUACGGUAGGAUGUUCAUGGAGGAGACUCUGAAGACGGCGAAGAAGCUGCGGUCUAAGGCCGCGUGGGGUUACUACGGCUAUCCUUAUUGCUUCAAUCAGACUCCCGGCCAGCGCAGCGCGCAUUGCGAUCGCAAAACCGUGGUGGAGAAUGACGAAAUGUCUUGGCUGUUCACGCUCGAGGACCUGCACGCGCCUUCCGUGUACUUGAGACUGGAGAUCAAGGAGGAAGAUCGUCCGGGCUUCGUUAAGGGCAGAGUAUCGGAGGCGCUGCGGCUACAGUCGAAGAGCCCGAACGCACAACGGACCUUGCCUUAUUACUGGUUUAAGUACCAAGAUAGAAGAGAUGAAUUCCUGAGCAAGAAAGACACAUAUAACACGAUUGACACGAUAGCCGGCCUCGGCGCCAACGGUUUGAUCAUUUGGGGCAGCUCCGAUGACGUGAACGCCGAGCAAAAGUGCAAGAACCUGCAGAACCACGUGAAAGAUGUCCUGGGGCCGACGAUAAAGCGAUUCACAACCACGCAUUCAGCUAAUCAGCUGAUGCGAUUCGUUAAUUCCGUUGAGUUUACCGUCAGGAUCAUGGGGACGAUACGGCGGCUGUCCGCGACGAUGCUCUUGUUAAUGAUGCAUUCUACUUCGCUUGAUGCUCAUCGUGAACACAAGGUUCACAACAUCGUGCUGUACCCGGACAAGCACAGUUGGUGUAAGACGACGCCCAUAAAGCAAGUGGUGACAUGGCCCCAAUGUUCCUCACAGGAAUUGGACAACAAUGUGUGCGUCGGCGCCUGUUUCUCCUACAUGGUCCCUCAUAGCGAGCCUUCCGCGCCCGGUGACCUCAUAAGACCUUACUGCGACUCGUGUCAACCUCUGGACAGUGUUUGGCACACUGUUACGCUGGAUUGCAAAGACGAGCAGAAUAAUCCGGUGACUAUGCAGAAGAAGGUGCAAAUUAUAACGAAUUGCUCGUGCAGCUCCUGCAUGGAAACCUCGAAGAUCAAACCGGACUACAAUACCUUGCUGCAGUCGUUGACGGAGGAGAACCUGGACAAGAACGUGAACGUAGCGCACGAGACGCCCGAUUUGCUGUUAGAUCCAAAUUUGAACUCGAAGAACACGACCAGGGACGGGGCGCAAACUAACGAAUUCCUUCAUCUUUUCAAAAAAUUAAAAGACUCGCAGAAACUUGACGAGGCCGGCGUGAAAGAGCUGUUCUCUCAAGAGGAGGAAGUAGAUCUGGAGAAGCUGAGGGAAAUGCUGAAGAAAUAUGGCCAGGAGCAGGAGAGCCGACAUGAGCAUCACCAUCAGCAUCAGCACCAGCACCAACAUCAGCAUCAGCAUCAACAGCAGCAGCAGCAGCAGCACCUUCAUCGUGGGCCUCACCAUUCUUUGGUGUUGGACUCGGACGUGAAGGAGAAGAUCGACGUGGAGCCGCAUUACUUGCAUCCGGCUGUUGCUGGCCAAGAGAUCAGUUACCACGACAAUAUCUUGGUGGACAAGGAGAAGAAGAAGGAGUUCUAGACUCGCCGGAAUGGACUCACCGGCUGGAUGUCGCCUUCGUUUGUCAUGCUCGCAAAAUUCGAUUUGGUCGGUCGGUCGCGGUUUUGUGGUAAACGCGUGUGUAUACGUCAUAUAGGUGCUUUAAUAAGCGAGCGAUUUCGAUAUAGCUAGUCCAUUAUCUGAUCUUAAUUCAUGUUUAUUCGAAAUAGCGAUAAUUGAAUCGCGAGAUAUUAAUUGUUGAGCUAUUUAUUGCGCAUCUUAACAAUUAUAUUUUGCAAAAAUCGAAUAUAUUUUAUAUGCAGUUUCUUCUGAGAAAAUUUCUUACCGCAAGAAACUGAUCGUACGGAGAAAAAUGGCACGAGGACGAAAUAAACGGAGAAACCGACACUUCCAAAUUAAUUUUGUACUCGCUAUUGAAGACAAGAGAGGGAGAGAUAGAGAAAGAAGUACUUAGCAGAAACGUAUUCGAGAGUAUGGGAAGAUUGAGAGGUGGGAGAAAAUUCUAAUAUAUAUUUAAUUGUUAUUAUGUUAAUUAAUUAUUUAAAUAGCCGGAGAAAACAACCGGACGUCCACUCGAUUUUAAACAGGGUGACGUCAGCGAGAGAUUUAUAUCUCUAUCGAUAAAUUUAACGUAUGGAUAACGCUCUCGACAUUUCGUCGACUGCUUCGAAGUAUACUCUGUAUUAUUCUCUUAGAGAAUAAAUAUCGUCAACGAUACAACUUGGUCCAUGCAUCGAUAUGUUUAUCUUCCAGGUAAUUUCCAGAAUAUGAGAGAUAUCUCCUAUCGCAAUGGGCGACUUCUCAUCGUUUUUACAAUAAUUAAUCACCCAAACUACACAGCAUGACUCAAGCUCGACAGAUUCGACUUUUAAACGGGCAUAUUUACUUCUUGUAAACGAGCAUACUUACUCCUUGUGUUUCCAAAAGUAUUUACAUUUCCUAUCGUCCAUGCAUCCACCAUCUAAUCGGACUGACAUUGUCUAAUCUUCACCUUUUAUGUGUGUUGUUUAAUCUUGCGGGACUUUUGUCCUACCAGAUAUUUCGAUACCGUUCGACUAUUUGCCUUUUUCGAAAACGAACCGACCGUCUUUUACAAUAAAAAUAUCUGAUUGCGUUAGAAAAAAGCCCCAGAUAACUAUGCCUACUUGGUCUGCGUGUAAUUUUCGAUCAAAUAUGAUAAAGUAAAAUUCUGCUCAAAUAUAUUUGAACAAACUUUUUGGCCUACGUAAUAAUUUAAUCAAUUAACAGAGACUUAAGUACCGCUAUCUUGAAAUUGGUCAAUCCAAAAGUUCAUAAACAUGUUGAUAAACAUUCUGAAACAUUAAUAACGCGCGAAUAUAACGGCGAGAUUUCAUCCACGAGAGAACUCAGCGAUCUUAAUUAUUUUAAUAAUCGAUACCGCAUUAUCUCACAAUGAUUUCCGUGCAUGCCAUAAUCCAGUAUUUCACGAGUGUCAUUUGAAAAAUCAAAGUUUCGAUCUUAGAACUAAUCUGCAGACUAACAUCACCGGUGAUCUCAAUUUCCUUAUUCGAGACGAACGUCAUCAUUAACACCAGAUAAAUUUUAAUUGUGAUAUAAAACAGAUCAUUAUGUAGAAUGAUGUCUCUUGAGGCGGACAAGAUGUAUUUAGUCCGACUUGAUUUUGUGUGGAUCUCAAUAUUUAUUAUUAAAACAUUUUUGAAGGUUCUUCCUUCGUCCGCUGGUUAUUUCUUGUCCACGUCAAUGGGAUAUUUCAUAAAUAUAUGUGAACUAUUUGAAAAUGCGUUAUCAUUCUGUU